AUUUUUAAAUAUAUUAAAUUAGCAUUACUACCUAAUAACAAAAUCGUUUUAAAAGUUCAUAAAAAUAUAACAAUUGAAUUCGGAAACGAAUUAAAAGAUUUGUUAGGAUUUAAAAAAAGCAAAUUUUCCGAAGGCGAAUAUGUGAGCGACUAUCCCAUCGAAUUAUCUGCCGGAAUUUCAGAAAUUUUUAUUUAUUCGAAUAUCGUUGCUUCUCAUCGUGUUGGGGAUAUAACCGCUCCACUUUUAAGGGUUAUACCUGUAAUGGGGGAAAAGUCAGAUCAAAUAGUUAGGGUCUACCAAUCACCUCUAUACCUUCCUUUACGACGUAAUUAUAUAGAUACAAUUGAAAUCGAGCUGAGAACUGCUAGUGGAAAAGAAAUCGUCUUUUUUGGAGGAAAGACAUUAUUAGUUUUAUCUUUUAAACAGAUAUAAAUAUCGUAUAUUUUAUAUAUUAACGUUAGUUCGUCUUUGUGAAGUAGAAAAUGAAGCUCGAUCCCCGAGAUUGUAUAGAUUAUUACUGCAAUCAAGCAGGAGGAACGGUACUGACACACGAGUUUCCAUUAUUUACACGACAAUUUGGAAGAGGGACUUAUUUUGCUGGACCGCAAAUACAGAGAGGAUACGGAUUUUUCGGGGAUUUAUUUCGUAAAUCUAUUCCUAUUCUUAGUAGAGUAGGAAAGUAUCUAGGGGGUAAAGCUUUAAAAUUUGCAUCGAAUGUCGGAUCGGAUGUAAUUGGAGGGAAGUCGUUUAAAGAAUCUACAAAAAAUCGUUUUAAAGAUGUGCGAUCUGAAAUUAAGGAAGACGUGCUUAAAAAAGUGCAGACAGGAUCGGGUAUAAAAAGAAAACGACGAAAAAGAUUAACUCAGUCGGAAAAGAAGAAGAAGCGAAAACUUAACGAUAUUUUCGGUAAUUAAGAAACGAUGAAUGUCCAUUCGUGUGGCUGCACCAAAUCCGAAUUAGAUUUGUUUAAGAAUGUGGGAAUCCAACUGGCUAUCGACAAUACGUAUGAAGUCACUGCGCAUCCCGUCGCUGCAAUUAAUGACAGUAGAUCACCUAUAGAAUUUCUUAUAUCAGGAUCGGGUGAGCAUUAUAUGGAUCUACAUUCGAUUUAUCUAUGUGUUCAAGCGAAAAUCGUAAAGAAAGAUGGAUCAAACCUUGGGUCGGAAGAGAAAGUUACUCCUGUUAAUUAUUUUUUAAAUAGUUUGUUUUCUCAGUGUACUGUGUAUUUAAAUGACAAAUUAGUAAUUACGCAGGUUAAUUACCCGUAUCGAGCUAUAUUAGAUGCCUUGCUAUUUAAUUCGAAAGAAGUGCAAGAAACUUUUUUAACGAGCGCGUUAUUUUUUAAAGAUACUGCUGGACAAAUGGAUUCGAUAAAUCCGUUAGAUGAAAAUAAUACUAACUACGGAUUAGUUAAAAGAUUUAACAUCAGCAAAGGAAGUAGAAUAAUAGAUUUAAUGGGACGUCUUCAUAUCGAUUUAGCGAACCAGCCUAAGCUUCUAACGAACAAUGUAGACCUAAGAAUUAAAUUGGAGAGAUCUAAAGAAAAUUUUGCGCUAAUGGCGGAUAACGACAACUAUAAAAUUAUUAUUAAAAACGCCUCGCUAAAAAUUAAUAAAGUAGACGUUAGUUCGUCAAUACAGAUAGGAAUUGAAAAAGCGCUCCAAACCGGUAUAAUUAAAUUACCGUUCCGUAGGACAGAUGUUAAAGUCUUUACAUUAACUAGCGGGAUUCAGUCUACAAGUAUAUCAAACGUUGUUAUCGGUCAACUACCUUAUAGAAUAACUCUCGGAUUAGUUUCUAAUUCUGCAUUUAAUGGAAAUGUGAAGCGUAAUCCUUUUAAUUUUAAAAAUUAUGAUUUAAAUUAUAUAUGUUUAUCAAAAGACAAUCAAAUGAUACCUUCUAAAUCCUAUACUCUGGAUUAUAGCAAUAAAAUUUAUGCAAGAAAUUUUAUCUCGUUAUUCGAAGAUACCAGAUGUAUUCAUCAUCACAAAUCUAUAAAUAUAUCGUACGACGAGUACCGAGACGGUUAUAAUUUAUAUUGUUUUGAUCUUACACCCGAUAAAUCAGGCUCCGAGUCGCACGUUAGCAUAGACCAGCUAGGAAAUAUCUCUGUGGAAAUAAAGUUUUCGAAGGCGAUACCAGAAACCAUAAACAUUAUUUGUUUGCUAGAAUAUAAUAAUACCUUAGAAAUCGAUUAUUCACGAACCGUAUUCGUCGAUUAUUAA